GAGCACCAAUCCUCCCCUGGCCAUGACUAGAAAGAAAGUCACUCUCGCGUACAUCGCCAACGAUGCCGCGAGGAAAGCCACUUUCAAGAAGAGAAAGAAGGGCCUGAUGAAGAAGGUGAGCGAACUGAGCACGCUGUGCGGGAUCGAGGCGUGCGCCAUCGUCUACAGCCCGUACCAGGCCGAGCCGGAGGUGUGGCCGUCCACGCUGGGGGCGCGCCGGGCCAUCGCGAGGUUCAAGAACAUGUCGGAGAUGGACCAGAGCAAGCGGAUGGUGAACCAGCAAGGGUUCAUCCGGCAGAGGAUCGUGAAGGCUGAGGAGCAGCUGAAGAAGCAGCUGCGUGACAACCGCGAGAAGGAGAUUGGCCAGGUGAUGUACCGGGCCCUCGUCGGCAGCGAGGGGCUCCAGGGCCUGACCAUCGUGGACCUGAACGACCUGGGAUGGAUGCUGGAGAAGACCGGGAAGGAGAUCGAGGAGAGGAUCAAGAAGCUGAAGAAGGUGGCGCCGGGCUCGGACCAGGAGGCGCCGGUGGAGCCGGAGGCAGACAAGGGUUCCGAGGAGGACAAUGGCGAGGCGGCUCCGAAGAACAGUGCCGCCUUGAAUGAUGCCGUGGCCGUGGAGACCAUGCAGAACCAGCCUUGGUACAUGGAGCUGCUGAAGCCGCGCGACGAGGGCAAUGCCGUGAAUCUCAGCAAGAACGAUCCGAUGCCGUCGUACCCUUAUGGAAACCCUACUCCUACAUGGUCGAACUUCUAUUUCCCGUGAAAGAGUUUGGUAGUGUCUUUUUCUCUUUUCUUGGUCCUUAGUGAAACGAAAUAAGAUGAAAUUAAGUGUGUUGUCGUGGGUCUAGGUUUUUCUUUGUCUGUGUGGGUCUAGGUUGAAAGUGUGAGGUUUGUUGUCAUCUGUCCAUUUCUAUGUCUAUUUGGUUUACAUAUA